AUGCCAGUGGGAGUUGCAUCACACGGCAAAUCAUCUGAUAACACAGAACACACACAAGAAGCAAUAGAUUAUUUAGAAUGGACCACAACUGGAACUAAAAAAUCUACAAAUAGAAUAGAUGAUAUAUUAGUUCUAACUACUAAAGGAGAAGAUUUAGUUUCACAAAUCAAUUUAGGAAUAGAGAAAGAUCAGCAAUGCUGGUAUUGGGUAAUAUACUGCUCUGACGAUGGGGAUAUUUGUCAACAUUUAUGUAGUGGAAUUGGAAAAUGUUUAGAAACUUGUGAUCAUUAUUUGUUACAUAAUAAUCUAAAAAAUGCAAAUGAUAUGCAUUUAUGCAGUGUUAGAGUUAUUUCUGAAUGUCAAUUAUUAGAUUCAAUUGCUUUAAGUAGAAGAGCAGAUCACAGAACAGCUAAAGGAAUAAAAGCUAAAUUAUUAACUUCAUUUAAUGUAUUAGCAAGUCAGCAUGAAAUUUAUGAUAAUGAUAAACUUCGAAGACUUAUUAUAAGAGAUGAUAGAAAAUUUAAAGAUAAUACUGGAUCAUGGACACAACUUAAUAAUUUGGUUAAUGAAUUAUUAAAAUCGCAAGGAAAUAUAUUAUAUUAUCAGACACCAGAUUUAGAUCAGCCAAUUGAAUCAUCUGAUCGAUAUUAUCAACUAACUUUUUCUGAUGAAUUUUGGCUUAAAAAUAGACAUGAUCAUGGAAAUAUUUGCAUUGGUAUUGAUGGAAAAUAUGAUUUAAAU